GUCAAUAUGAAAAUGAAUAUAAGUAUUUCCAAAACUAAACGUUAAAAUUAUCAUUAUCUAUUUAAACAAUGAUCAAUGUUCACGUCUUUGAAUCUGACUGUGUUCCAUUUAUUCUGUAGAUUUACCUGCAAAUAUUGAACUUUCUGUAAGCGUCGAUAAUUUGGAAUUAUUAUAUCAUAAAAAUCAAUUGAUUUGUCGUGCAAGUCUAACAUUGUUUGCUGAGUGGCCAGUAACUGAUUCAAGAGUCACUGAAAGUACUUUGGUCAAUAUGGCCGGAGGUGGUGUUCGACUUGAUGUGGACAAAGUAUGGCAUCCUCAGUUAGUUAUUAAAGGCGCAUUCAGACAUGAUCGUUUUCAUCAACGUUUAGAGUUGCGCAACCUAUAUGCUGGAAGUAAUUCCCUCUCUAAAUCGACAAAUCCCACAAAUUCCUUGAAUAGAGCGCAAACAGGACUAGCUGCACGAGGAUUACCUAACGAAUCGUCAAUUCAAUCAAUUCGUUCUCAUAAUCGUGCCAAAACGUUGAAGGUAGUACCGGAUGGAGAUGGACCGAAUUAUUCAUUCAUGGAAAGCAUUGUCGUAGAAGUUCCAUGUCAAGAGCCAAAAAAAUUCCAUCAUAUUGGUGCUAUCGUUUGUCCAGUAUGGAUAAAACAAGAAGGCUUCAUGAAAACACAACCGAUGAUCAAGUGGACUGAACGUAAAUGUUGUCUGAUCUCAAAUGAUGUACAAAGGAAAUCAUCUUAUCUAAGUGUGACAAAACGCUAUGAUGAACAUAUUGAUAAAUCCGGUCCAGAUCAAAGUCUUGGAAUUAAUAUUUGUUUUUCCCAAAGUGGCAGAAUAUUACAAGGUAGUUUACCUCCAAUGCUCCUUGUAUUAAUUUCUAUUAUACUACUAUGGACAAAUCAACUGGGUACACAUAAUCUUAGUUGUACACAAUUAAUUCUAUUUUUAUUUUCAAUUUCAUUUUGGCUGUGGAUGAAUGAACAAAACUUAAAUAAUUCUAAAUUAUCUGGAUUUCUUAAUGCAUGGUGUUUAAUGUGUUCAAGUUCAAUUUGUUUAAUCUACUUAUUUGUUUUAAUUCAUCAUCGGUUUGUUUGUCGAUUUCUUCAACGAAAAUAUCAACAUUUGGAUCGCUUAUCGUCAUUUGGUUUGAAUCAAAAUAAAACAACCACAACAGGUUUUAAUACAGAGGGUCCAGUUAAUGAACGGAUGAAUGGACCAGGAUUAAUGCAAAGUUAUGGGUGUUGCGGAAAUUGUAGUGGAUGCCCUGAUUCAUGUACUAGUUGUGUAGCAGGAAGAACAAGUACGGGAUUUAUUUCAUCAAAUGGUACAGCUGUUUGUUAUAGUAACAGUAGUUGUGGUCUAUCUGGUGGAAGUGGUCAUGCAUGCCAAGCCAUACCAAUAUUGCAAACAAAUCCACCUGCAAAUAAUAGUCCUGGACCUCUAGGAUUUACACAAGCAAUGGGCCUACCAAACAACAAAAGAGAGAAUUAUGGUGACAAUUAUUUAUGCUCAGGUAGUUCGGAAUCCGGUAAUGGAGUUAAUAAUGGUACAUUUCGUGGAUUAAGAUGGAGAAAUUCCCGAAGAGUUAAUAAUGUCAAUUUAUUGGGUGGAGAUUUAAAUCAACCGGAUUGUCAUGUAUGCCAGUCACAUUUUCUCCCUGAUAAUAAUAAUGAUAAUCAUGCUAAUUUAUCAUCUCCUACAGCUGCUGCUUUCAAUGCAUUUUGUCGACAUCAGCAUUUGUGCAGUUCAUCUGUAACACCAUGCAUAAAUGUACAUAACUUUAAUGUAAAUAAUUAUCCUUCACCUUAUUGUUUAACAGGAUUGAAAACUUUAAUAACUGUAUGCUUUUGUAUAAUGAGUACUAUUUACUGGAUAAGUAUAUUUGCACAAGGUACAUUACCUGAAACAUGUUUAGGUAUAUCUCUAUGUCAGAUCAUAGAAACUAAUCGUUCAUAACUCAUCCAAAGAAAGAUAUUGAUAAACUUUUUAAUUGUAAAUAGAAAACAAAUUAAACCGAAUUUCGAUAAUAUAACCUUUUUAAACAAUUUUAAAGUAAAACAAAACUAUCUUCAAACACAUAAAUAUUGUAAUCCAUAUGCAUUUGCAUAUAAAUUUAUACUAUAAAUUCUAUUUAAUUUCAUUUUCUUAUAAUAACAUAAUUGUUUCUUGUUAAAAUUGAAAAAAACUAGUGACUUCAUUAAAAGUAUUACUGAUGAAAAGAAAUCAGUAGUUUAUACAUAUAUCUUCCAUAGUUGACUAAAUUGUCCAAUGUAAUAAAUUGAAAAUAUAAUACAGUGUGACCCCACCUAACAGUAAUUUACUUUUUUUAAAAACAUUUGGUUUUAUGAUGCUUUUUUUAAAAAAAAUUACAAUUUUCUAAAGUAAAGAUGACUAUACAUUAUGACAGGAAAUGAAUCCGUUUCUUUUUUUGUGUACUAUAAUUCCUUUAUAUAUUUACUAAUUUUUAUCAUUAAUGUUUAGUUUGUUUGUUUUGAAUAAAGACAAUUGGAUGAGAACAUUGUAAAAAUUAAUUUCAAUUCACUUAAAUCAAUAAUAACAAAUCAUUUUCAACAAUACCGAUAAUGUAAUAAGAAGAUGAAGAUUAUCAGAACUAUGUGAUGAGGUAUUAGAGUAAUACAUUUCGAACAAUCUGAUCACACAUAAUAUACUUGUUAAGAACAUUUAUGUAUAAAAAUCAAAGGUCAACUAGACAGGUGAAAAGUAAGCCAUAACAAAGAAAAAAAUAAUAACGAAGUACAUAAAGACAAUGUGAUUACCACUCUGGAUAAUAAAUCAGCAUUACCAGGGUAGAUGAAGUGUAAAGACAAAUUGUUUUUGAACAUAUAAAUUGGGUUUCACUUUUCGUAUAGCCAAGGCUUCAAUAAACCUUAGUAUACGUCCUCGAAGGUUUUUGUAUAACACUAUAAAUGCUGACUAGAUGUCAACCUUAUGACCAGUCUCAAUCAAAUGUUUCGCAAUCCGUUCAAAAACAGUUUGACGUUACACUUAACCUACCCUGGUAAUACUGAUUUAUUAUCCAGAGUGGUAAUCACAUUGUCUUUAUGUACUUCGUUAUUAUUUUUUUCUUUGUUAUGGCUUACUUUUCACCUGUCUAGUUGACCUUUGAUUUUUAUACAUAAAUGUUCUUAACAAGUAUAUUAUGUGUGAUCAGAUUGUUCGAAAUGUAUUACUCUAAUACCUCAUCACAUAGUUCUGAUAAUCUUCAUCUUCUUAUUACAUUAUCGAAAUUUAGCAAAGGGACUAAUUGCUUUAAAUUUCGACAAUUUGUUCAACCUAUAGUCCUCAUUCCUUUUAAAAUCUUAUUACAUAAUCAUAUGGAUUAAAUGAUAUUUUCAAACCAACUUUAUUAUUUUACAGCCUUGUUAAUAUUCUUACUUUGAGGAAAUAUUAAAUCUUCCAUUAAAUUAACAAUUUCAUAUACUGUUCAAAUUCACAUAUCAUUUUAAACUAUUAUUACUACGAACAAUAUAUUUCGUUUAAUUGAUUAUGUAACUAAUUAUUCCAUCAUGUGAACUACAUAUUUUCUGAAUGGUUAUUUGCUUGUUUUUUGUUUGUUUGUUUUUCAAACUAAACGCAUAAAACAACGACAUCAUACUGAAGGCAUUUAAAAAGGAGAUUUACAAUAAACUAUAUAAUGUUUAUUAUUCCUGAAAAAAUAUAACACUACGACCUUUUGUUUGUUAUUAAAUUUAUAUUAUGAUUUUAAUAUACAUUAAUAAUAAAAAUUUAAAUAAGAAAAUACCAAGAUAAUAACCAUGGUUAUACAAUAUUCCAAUAAGUUUAAUCUCAAUUAAAAUAUUCAUCUAGUUACUAUGGAAAACUAUGUACAACAUGCUCUGUUGUUUAUUAUUCAAGAUAUGGAAAUUAUUUAUUCAUCAUUGAUGCAUUAAUUUCUUUCUUGUAUAUAAUAACUUGAAUAAACG